AAAAUAUUAACCGAUAUUAAUUGCAGACAUUAUUCGAAGAAUGCCCAAGGAAUGCAAUGUAUAUAACCCAAUAUAUAAUUCGUGAAUAGUAUAAUAUUUACACUUUCGAAGUAUAAAACAGUGAAUAUUUUGUGCCCGUCAAUCAAAUUUUUGUAUUUAAUUUAUUUUUUAUUACUUUUUUUUUUUUUUUUUUUUUUUAAUUUUAUUUUUUUCCACAUUAUCAUUUCAAUCCUUCCCUUUAAGGAAAGGAUAAUAGAAAACAAUUGUCUAAUUUAUUCGAAGUGUUUUAUCGAUCGUGUUUUUAUGAUCUCGCAUAGUGUAUUUUGUGCGUUAACGAUUGUUCCAAAGAAUUAAAUUAUUUCCUGGUUAUUUACUCGUCCAUCCGUUACUAUGGUUCAAUUACGGCGCCAGAUUUUGACUUAUGGGAAUUUUUUAAAUCAAUUUCAACUUAAUAUCAAACGAAAUUCAUCAUCUUUACAAAUUAAAGAUAAAAAAGUAAUACAACCAGAACGUUCUUUUAGGUAUACAGAUCUAUCAGUUCGUCUUGCAGGACCAGAACAAUUACAACCAAAACCUGAUGUUAGUGAUUUAGCAUUUGGUAAAUAUUUUACAGAUCAUAUAUUAAAAAUAUUUUAUCAUGAAACAUUAGGAGGAUGGCAAAGGCCAGAAAUUACUCCAUUUGAAAAUCUAGUUCUUCAUCCAGCAUCAAAAGUAUUUCAUUAUGCUAUAGAGUUGUUUGAAGGUUUGAAAGCUUACAGAGGAGUAGAUGGUAAAAUAAGAAUAUUUAGACCAGAAUUAAAUAUGGAACGAAUGAACAGUUCUGCAAUGAGAACUGGUUUACCUGUUUUUAUUGGUGAGGAAUUAAUUAAAUGUUUAUGUAGAUUAAUUAGUAUUGAUCAAGAAUGGGUACCUCAUUCUACUGCUUCUAGUCUUUACAUACGGCCAACAAUGAUAGGAAUAGAUCCUAUCCUUGGCGUUACAUCUUCUGAGUCUGCUUUACUUUAUGUUAUUUUAUCACCCGUGGGUUCUUAUUUUAAAAAAACAAAAAAAGACAUUGGGAUAUCUUUAUUAGCUGAUCCUCGAUACACAAGAGCAUGGCCAGGUGGUUGUGGUAACUAUAAAGUAGGCAGCAAUUAUGGUCCUACAGUAUAUGUACAAAAAGAAGCUAUAGAAAAAGGUUUACAACAAGUACUAUGGCUUUAUGGAGAUGAUAAUGAAUUAACUGAAGCUGGAACUAUGAAUGUGUUUAUAUUCAUUUUAAAUGAUGAUGGUGAGAAAGAAUUAAUAACACCACCAUUGACAAGUGGUUUGAUUCUUCCUGGAAUUAUAAGAAAUUCUAUUUUAGCAUUAAGUAAAAAGUGGAAUCAAUUUAAAGUUAGUGAAAGAAAGAUUUGUAUGGACGAAGUUUGUCAGUUACUUUCAGAAAAUCGAUUAUUGGAAAUAUUUGGGUCAGGAACAGCUUGUAUAAUUAGUCCCGUAUCUUACAUAGACUUUGUUGGACAACUAUUAUAUAUACCUACAAUGGAACAUUCUAAUCCUAUUUACAAAAUGCUUUUAAAGCAUUUAUCUGAUAUACAAUAUGGUGUUAUACAAGAUCACCCUUGGGCGAUACCUAUUGAAUGAAAAUAGAAUAAUUUAUUGGAUUAUUUACUAAAUAAUCGUAAAUAAAAGUGAUUUCAUAUCUAUACUACAAUUGGAAAUGAUGUAACUCUAGUGAUGAUUUUAUUGCUAGUUUUAUAUGAAUAUCAUUUCUAUUUAUUUAUAUGUAUGAUUUCUGAUCAAAAGAGCUUUUAAAGCGACUUCUUUUAGAAUUUAGAAGAAGCAAAUAUGUAUUAAAAAUUAAUCUCAGGGAAUAAUUGUUUAUUAUCGAAAACAAAAUAAUUGUUAAUACUGAAUUUUAAGAAUUGAUACGACGAGAGAGAGAGAGAGAAAAAAAAAUGUAUGAAAUUUGUUACAUAUUGAAUGAUAAUUUGUUGUGGUGAAAAGUGAGUUUUUCUAUAUGAAAAUAUAAUCAUAUGAUAUAUAUUUCUUAUAUUAUUUAUUUUUUA